AUGCACAAAUACCAACCAAGGUUUCACCUAGUGAGGGCGAAUGAUAUUCUGAAACUACCGUACUCGACGUUUCGGACGUACGUCUUCAAGGAAACUGAGUUCAUCGCAGUGACAGCUUACCAAAAUGAAAAGAUUACCCAAUUGAAAAUCGACAAUAAUCCAUUUGCAAAGGGUUUUCGAGAUACUGGCGCUGGAAAACGAGAAAAAAAACAGGCGAUGCUGGCGCAAAGGCAUUCCGACGAUAAGACUUCGCAUCCAUUGCCAGCACGGAUGUCAGCAGAUAGCAGUACCGUCUCCAAGACGGAUGACUCCGAGCUAGAUGUGGUGGGUACUGCGGAUAGUCCGAGGCCGUCUCUGCAUUCGUCAACACCAAUAGCGUCAUCUGUCAAUCUCUCAGGAACAGAAGACGACUCCAUCCGCCGCCGCCUUCACGACGACUCAGGCUCAGAAAGCAGCUGCUCAGAAUCCCCCCGCUCCACCGCCUUCCGCCACCGACCUCCCACCCCCAAAGAUCCCCCCGCUGGUCCCUCCAACCCCUCUGGCGAAUACCCCUCCCCCAACAUAAGCGUCGGCCCUCCCAUCCACCCCCCACCACACCUCCUCCCCUAUCUCUACCCACCCGGAAUCUACCCCGGAGCAGGGGGAGGCCCUUCCCCUUUCGGCCCGCCCUUGAGCUUGUUCACAGGGGCGCACAACCCCAGCAUGCUGUUCAACGCCCAGCUGGCCCUGGCGGCGCAGCACCCUGGCCUCUUCUCCCACUACCAGAACCUGGUGCAUCCCCACCCGCAUCUAUCACCCACUUCCCCCAUGCACGGGCACUUGAAGGGCGGGCAUCGGUUCGCCCCUUAUACCCUGCCCAGUUCGGUUGCGGGGAUGGGCAGCGCUUUCGAGACCGUUACGCCCAGGAGCCUGAGUAACUCGCCCUCGGGCAAGGCUUCGCCGGUGCUGAGACCUAGCAGCGAGUCGCCCAAGUCGGAGCCUGGGAAUUCGCCGAGCGAUCUGAAGAGCAUUGAGAAGAUGGUGAAUGGUUUGGACGUGAAACAGAGUGAGGAGAUGAGUGAUGAAUAGUGAUUGUAAGGUUGAUGAGCUUAGAUUGUUUGGGAUCUCGCUUCACUCAUGAUAUGGACUGCUGGAUAUUGACUGAGUUCACUACUAGCAGUCCAUAUCAGCGAAGCGAGAUCAUGAAUGGUCAAAGUUGAAAAGACUGUUUGUCCGUACUGUAUUGGGCUCUAUUGGGUUCUAUGCUGAUUGGAAAAUGAGGCUUGUUAUUGGCUAUUAUAGUAUAUUCCAAUGUGUCUGUGGAGGAUGACUCAAUUUCCUGAAUUUAUAAUCCCGUCUUUGACCUCAGCGUACAGAUAAAGCUGCUUCUGUGAUACUUCUAUACCUAAUGUUCCACAGAACACAGAACACUUAGAAUCUACAUUGCAAUAUAAGGAUUGAGUCGUCUUUAUGCAGUUGAACAUCCUCAGGUUUGUGGUAUUGAUAUUAUUAUUCGAAAGCGAAAUUGGAGAGAUCUUUUUCAAGACAUUAGCAGUAACAGUCCAUGCACUAUGAGAUAAUGAGAAUUAGGAUGCCAGAUAUUGUGUGGUUUCAAAUUCAAUUUUCACUCAAGUUCUAAGAUUUCCACAUCAGAUUCUUGCAAUCUUCUGUUGCUUCUGAAAACGAAAAUGAAAAUACUUUUCUAAAAUUCUAUGGGUAUCAAUCAGUAAUGCAAUUAAUAUCAAAACUACGACCUAAAACAAUUUUCGGAUAUUAUCACUUCUAUGAACUCAUUAGACACUUUUGACCUUUUCAGCAUCGCACCGUCACGUGACAUGAGAUCACAAAAGUGAUUCCUCAAGGACAUGUUGAACACUUCCUAAAUUAUUCCAAAUGAUUUUCUGAAAUAGUUCAUAAUCAUUUCAGCCAAUAGCAAUGCGCGAUUCUAGUCAUCCUCCAAAUGACAUUAAAAAUGGCUUUUCAAUGACACCUUAACAGGCAGAGAAAAUUCUGCUUAGGCAGAAGAAGUUUGUUGCUAUGCAAUGUUCCAUGUGAUGAUUUGAAUCAAGUUUGUAUUCAAAAUUGACAAUUACUAUGGGUGAACUCAAAAUUGUAGAUCAUUCGGACUCUGCGUGAAAUUGGAAUGAAUUUGAAAAAGAGAAUUAUAUGUUUCCCAUGGCAGAAAAGCAGAUUGAAUGCAUUGUCUGGUUUCCUAGCCCUGGCUAUGAAACGUCAGUCGUGGUAUUAAACCUUGUGCUUUUCUGUCUAGUGAAACGAAUAGCUAUUAUACUUAACUGUUUGACGACUCUGCAUGGAAUGUGAUACUAGUGCACUAAACAUAUUCUAUAACCAAGUAAAACUAUCUAUCUUAGAAAAAAAUACCACAUACCUAUUGGUCAAAGAGAAAGGAGCACGAUAUUCCCGUUGGUAUAGAGUUCAAUGCUCUUGCUGUUCUGGAGACUCUAGCGCGCAGAACAUCGUUUACGCGACGGCGGUUUACGUAGUGGACCUGUGAUAGACCCUUGUGGUACCCCGAAAUAUACGCCAUCGCGCUAACUAUGUUUUUGCGGGUGAGUCUCAAUUUCGUUUAGUGAAGGCCGCGUACACGGGGUGAUGUUGCAAUAAAAUUUCAGCUCAUGAAUCUCCUGAUAUUUGGCGGUUUCUUAAUGUAAAUAGAUCUUUUCAUAGAAUAGUCGAUACCAGGAUUUAUUACCUUGAAGUGCUUCUUUCCAUAAGCUUACUAAGUACAAAUAACAUGAAUAUGUGAAUUUGUAUUGAAGGUGUAGAUGGUACAUGCAAUUUUAUUUUUAUUGGUGCUGCUACUUUUAGUUCAGGCACUAAAACUUAUAGUUCAUUUUAUGAUGCUUAGUAAAAUGAAGCUGAGCAUUAAAACUAUACAAUGUUCUAGGUCAGGUUUUCUAUUUCCAAUGAAUACAUAGGUAUUUAAGUGAUUAUUCGUUUAGCUGGCAAACUGAUACCAUUUCAUAUAAUUUUUAGUGCCAUCCACAGUGAUUUUAUUUUAGACUGUACCCAUUUAACGUACGAAAUAUAAGUUUGUUCCUUUUUUCAAUAUGUGUAAAUAAUACUUGUAAACAUCCAACAUUGUACAUAACUGUUUUCGUGUUAAAAUCGAGAUGUAAAUUGUAUAUUAUAAAUGUAUAUUGAAAAUAAGCAGGAAGAACAUUUGUUCAAAAUAACUUUGAAAGUCGAAUUCACCUUGUAGCUCACUUCUUUAGUGAAAUAUUUGCAAUUUCGAUGGCAAUUUCAUUGUUUGAUUUCCUCCAUUUUUGAAUCUGUAUAGCUUUUUUGUUGCAUUUGAUUAGUACCAAUGAGGAUUUGACUAAUUAUAUUUAUUAUUUAUGUUUAUAUCUCAUUUUGGAAUCUUAACUGUUGGUACUAUUCAAAGUUUAUAAAAUGGGAGUAGAAAAUGUGAAGUGUCUUGUGUAUAUGUCGUUUAAUUUAAGGAAUAAAAUGAUAUUCAUAU